AAACCAACCCACAAACCAACCCACAAACCAACCCACAAACCCCCCACAAACCCCCACAAACCAACCAAACCAACCCACAAACCAACCCACAAACCAACCCACAAACCCCACAAACCAACCCACAAACCAACCCACAACCCACCAACAAACCACCCACAAACCCCCCACAAACCAACCCACAAACCAACCCACAAACCCCACAAACCAACCCACAAACCAACCCACAAACCCCCCACAAACCCCCACCAAACCAACCCACAAACCCCCCACAAACCAACCCACAAACCAACCCACAAACCAACCCACAAACCCCCCACAAACCAACCCACAACCCACCCACAAACCAUUCCACAAACCAACCCACAACCCACCCACAAACCACCCACAAACCAACCCUUAACCAAGCACCUUCGCCUUCGUUCCACAUCACGACACGAGGCUCUGACCCAUCACUGGAGCUGA